CGCGCUCCUCGACAGUUCAUCGGAACGGUUUGAGUCUCCACGAGAAAUUGCUCCGUUCCUGCGUUCUGCUAUAAAGCCUCUGCGUGUGCGUCCGUUUCGAAAGCCAACGGGAACCAGCUGCCUGGGCUCUCGACAACGCGAUUUGCGUUUCGUCCGCUACACGUGUGGCAAUCUCAGCCCGCGGAUCCACCCUAGCCACGACAAAAGGAGGUCAGCACACAAUACGUGAAGAUGGGUCAGUGUUUCCUCGAAUCCUGGCGAAGCAAGGCUGUAUCCUUCGUUCUCUUCCCUUUAGGGUUUGGAAUAACAGCCACAAGCGUAGCCAGGUCCGAAGCCACACAUGUGUUACACAGAAGGACUCGCGAGCGCCAGCGAGACGCGAAACAAAGAGUCUUUCCGAGUGUCUAAACACUCCAAUAGCUUCAUCGUUUCCCAUGUGUGAACGGGUAGCUGGCUUCGCCCAAAAACCGCAGAAACAAACGGCAGCUGAGGGCCUCCAGGGAAUGGUCUGGUGAGCGAAAGCGCGGCGGUUCUGCCAGAGCGACCAAGUCUCCUCCGAAGCGUGUGCAUUUUUUUUGUUAGAGUGGCAGAAAAUCCGGCAGAUUUCCGUGGUUAGUGACUUCGUGAGUGGGCAGUUCCAUUGCCAACGUUAAACUGUCUUAGAUCUUCGCGCAUCUAUAUACCUGAAGUUGGCACAUUCAUGCGCUUUUGAAUAUUUGCUCCCGUUCGAGAAGCGAGCCUGUGUCUGGCGGCGGAAAACAAAGCAGAAGGGUCGGCGUGUUUCGAUCCCGUUUCGGCAGACAGUUGCGCACAGAAAACGAGGUCUCACCUCGACGUCGCGGAACUCCAGUCAGCACGGUGACACGAGCAGCAUGGAAGUGCUCCGAAGGCUUAAAAAUACCUUUGGCUACGCCUGGUUCGAAAUUCCCCUGGUUUGAAUUUCGUCCACAUGAACACCGACAGCGGUUGCUUGUGUCCCCGCUUCUUCCGGGACACAUCCGGCAGUCUUUUUCAGAUACGCGCCAGCAGACAACGCCUUGACCUCGUUUUCAGGGAUCUCUUCACUUGUUCACAAAUGUGAAGAUCUGCGUUUUCUUUUGUUCGGACGUGGAGCGCUGCCUCGUCACCGCUCACCGGCUUCCGCUUGUGAAAUUCCUGGAGGACACUUGAUCGUGCGAUUUUUCCUUCGUCCGUUCGCCAAAGUGUUUGCUGCACUCGCCGCGCCGAGGGUGUUGAAAGCGCCGUGCCGCCGCGGGGAGAGGAGUUUUAGAGUCAAGAAGGUUGCUGUUUGUGUCUUCCUCCCUCCCUCCUCUGCUGUUUUGCGUCUCGCGUGAGGCUGCAACUGACAGGCUGUACGCAGGAGUCUUGCGGAAAUGAAGUCGAAGAAGAGGGACCGCAAAGACAAGAGGCGCCGUCACGAGGAGAAACGCAAAAAGACCAAGCGGCGCCACCGGAGGCGCUCUUCUUCGUCUUCGGAGUCAUCCACUUCGCGCUCUCCCCGUUCUCUGUCUCGUUCCCCUGUCAGGAACAAGUCCAGAGUGGAGCAGGCCUCCUCUUCGCCUGAUUCGCUCUCUCGAAAACACAGACCUCCACUCUCUCUUGAGUCGUCCCGAUUUCCCACAUCGUCGAAUGGAGAUAUGCGCAAAGCCGCGAACGGUGCGUACGCCGCAAACGAACAAGAUCGCCGUCGAAGGCGACGGUCUUCGAGCGAAAACGAAAUUGUCAGUUUCACUUACAGCAGACCGACAGUAGGCCCGACGCGCUUCGGAGCAGCUGACGAGACAGAGCUCCCCCGACAGCGAGGUAGCACUGAUCACAGCGCGAGGCGGACGCACUCCAGCGGCUUCAGCGACAGCGGCUUCUCAGUGGGCGAUGCAGUCCUUGAGAAACGCAACCUGAGAGAGAGAGACAUUUGGCGUGGAGACAGAGGAAGGAGGUCGCAGGAGAGAGGCAGUACUUUUUCGCAGAGUCAGGGAAAAGAAGACGCUUCCGCGCUCGCUGCGUCGGCCUACGAACUGAAAACCUACCACAGAGCGUUCGGGUUAGAUGUAGGCGGGUACGCAUUUGUAGGAGAAGAGGAGGCGCUUCCUGUCUCGAACACACACCGCGGGGAGGGCGCCACUGACUCCCUCCAAGAUGCUAUAAAGGCCGGCGCGGCAGCGUCGCUGCUCCACGGGUCUCUCGUUCAAGUGAAAAAAACGGAGCGACACGGAACCCGCGAGAAAACAAACAGCAAGACGCACCCCCACCUCUUUUGGCAGUGCUGGAGCUGCGGGGCCGAUAACUACAAAACCAGACACCAGUGUUUCAAGUGCAAACGGCUGUUUGCGCUCUGAAGCAACUCGAGGAACGUGGCUGCCGGCAAACUGCUCAAUAGAGCCCCUGUCGGUAGGAAGUUUCUUGUACAAAUCCUGUUUUGGAGGGGGGAAUCCAACUUCGGCAGCCUCCUCUCAUGUGACAAUUCAGGGAACUGUAGAAAGAAUUUGACUUCGACUCUUCUGUCUUCUGUGUGCGCCCCGUAGUAUGAACAGAGUUCCGUUGCAUUCGGCUCCGGGCGCUAUUGGACUCUGUAUGAGGACGGUCCAACGGUAGGAAAAUUUUCGUCGGAUGAUUGUCGUCUUCCGACUCUUCACUCGCCGUUAAUACAAUUUUUUUCCAAAAGAGGUGUACCUGGGUAGGAGGAUCGAGAAACCGACGGUCAGACGACGCCUUCGCAUGGGGGGACGGGGGGGGGCGAACUGUGUUCGCUUCACAUUUUCUGUGAGAUCCUGCUCAACUACGAUCUAGAAACGGGCUCCCUCUGUGAAUGUGCAUGGCAGUUGUUGCUUUUAUAAGGAUAACGUAUGCUGCCGUCACGAUUUUAAGAAACAUUUGAACUGCCAUGUGCGCCUUGCGAAAGAGACCUGUGCUGUGCCUGGCCUUUGUGCCUGUUGUCGGUG